AUCUCAUUUGUGCAAAUGACAUUUGUUACUUUUCUUGUGUUUUGCAGGGCUGCACUGUUGAGGGGUCAGCAGCCCAGCCCCAGCCCCAGCCCCUGCCCACUGUGGUGCUGGAAAGGUGUGGCCAGCCUGGGAAACAUACAGGCUGCAGUUUCCUGCUUGCAGAGCACGGCUGCUGGGGCUGAGAGCAGAGACAGCUCACUGAGCCCAGGAGGAUGGAGGGGAAACAGUGACUGCACUGUCUGCACACACAGAGGGGGCACUGUGCCUGGCUGCACCCCCCAGCACUGGCCUGCACAACUUCAGUGACAUCUCUUCCCCACCCCACCAAUGCUCCUGGACUGACACACAAGGAGGGAUCACCCUUGAAUGACAGAUUGGGACACAACGGUGCCCUUACUACCCCGCAGGAUGAGUGAAGGAGAAGUGGUCUACUCAGGAUGGCUGAGGAAAUCCCCACCUGAGAAAAAGUUGCGGAGAUAUGCAUGGAAGAAGCGCUGGUUUAUCCUGAGAAGUGGGCGCAUGAGUGGGGACCCCGACGUUCUGGAAUAUUACAAGAAUGACCACUCCAAGAAGCCCAUCCGGGUCAUCAACCUCAGCUGCUGUGAACAGGUGGACUCCGGGUUGACCUUCAACAAGAAGGAACUGCAGGACAGCUACGUCUUCGACAUAAAGACCAGCGACCGGACCUUCUACCUGGUGGCUGAAACGGAAGAAGAAAUGAACAAGUGGGUCCGGAGCAUAUGUCAGAUCUGUGGCUUUAACCAAUCGGAAGAGGGAUCAGAUUCGCUGAAAAAUCUACAGUCUGCCAACCACGGCCCGCGGUCCUCUCCUGCAGAAUUCAGCUCCACGCAGCACUUGCUGAGGGAACGCAAGUCCUCGGCCCCCUCCCACUCCAGCCAGCCCACCCUCUUCACAUUCGAACCGGCUUCCAACCACAUUCACCAGACAACGCUGUCUGCCAGCGCUCCCCAGGACUACCUGUUCCUGCACCAGUGUAUGAGCCGGAAAGCAGAAAGUAUGAGAAGCGCCAGUUUUUCACAGGCCACACGGUCCUCCUUUUUCAUGCGCAGUGAUACGGCUGUUCAGAAACUGGCUCAGGGAUACGGACACUGUUUAAAUGGAGUAAGUGGCCAGGUCCACGGCUUUUAUAGUUUGCCAAAGCCCAGGCGGCUGAGUUCGGAGUUGAGGGACAGUGCCUAUGACCUACCACGGAGCUUUGGCUCAGACACUCCUACAAAGUCCAGCCUUACCGGGCUAGAGUCUGAGAACGAGGACGUUUAUACCUACAAAACCCCCAGCAACGCUCUUUGUAGAGAAUUUAGUGAACUUUCAACAGACUCCUACGACCUCCCCGGGACUCCUCUUUCAGCUUACCAAAUACCACGGACAUUUGCCCUGGACAAGAACCACAAUGCGCUGGCACUUGCACCCAAUGACUUCCAUAAUGCUCCCCCUCCGCGGCCUCCAAAACCUGGACAGACUGAAACACACUGGGGGAGUCCUCAGCAGAGUAACGGAGACAAUAUUGGGGUCGUCUCGGUCAACAUUCCAAGGAGAAACACUUUGCCCGCCGUGGAGAACAGACGCCACCGAGCAUCCUCCUGUGAAGCCUAUGACUAUCCCCAGAUGGGAGAUCUCAGCACUGAGCAGUCUGUAGAAUCCAUCAAUGAUGGCUUCAAUUCUUAUCUGCAAACUAAGGCCUCCAUGACCCGCUCCGAAAGUGCAGAUUCGGAGGACAACUACGUGCCCAUGAACCCUGGCUCAUCCUCUCAGUUCACCCCCGAGAAGCUGAACGACAAUGCGCAGAGCGUGUACAUCCCUAUGAGCCCUGGCCCACAUCACUUUGAUUUCCUGGGGUUCUCCUCAGCCACGCUCCCCGCCCGCAAAGGGAGUACGGCCUCCCUCUGUCAGAGGCCAACGCGGGUCAGCGACAUCCUGCCUCCGCCGGUCAACCGGAACCUGAAGCCAGAUAGAAAAGCAAAGCCGACUCCGCUGGACCUGCGAGCGAGCACAAUAAUAGAUGAACUUCCCUUCAAGUCCCCAGUCACUAAAUCUUGGUCCAGACAGACGCACUCUCUGAAAUCCAGCUCGUCUCAAUACUGCCGCCCGGUGUCCACACAGAGUAUUACCAGUACCAGCUCAGGGGACAGCGAGGAGAAUUAUGUUGCUAUGCAAAACCCUGUCUCGGCUUCUCCUGGCCACAGCGGCACAAACAGCCCGGCGCAGAAGAAGAGCACCGGCAGCGUGGAUUACCUGGCGCUAGACUUCCAGCCGGUGUCGCCCACUCCUCACAGAAAGCCUUCCACAUCCUCUGUAGCGUCCGACGAAAAGGUGGACUAUGUUCAAGUGGACAAAGAGAAGACCCAAGCCUUGCAAAACACCAUGCAGGAGUGGACGGACGUGCGCCAGUCUUCAGAGCCUGCCAAGAGCGGAAAGCAGUGAUAUAUACCACCCUGUGGGCACUUAGAAGGGUUAGCGAGCUGGAAUCUUGCUGGGGCUGUACCAGCUGACUGCGUUGGACGAAUUUCAUGCUGCUGUUUCCUUAGCGUGACUGCCUUCACCAGUUACCCAGUGUGGGGGUGUCUGCUUCUGUGCAGGAUACUAAACACCUUGUAGGUUACCAAGGACGAUGCUUCAGCCUUAACACUUACGUAUUUAUCACUUCAAUGAACUGCAAUUUGCAUCUGGGAACCUGAAGGCGAUUAAUAGAUAAAAUAGCUCUGAGUAUUACUUUUGGAUUUAAAGUGCACCUACUACAUUCAGACAGUGGAGGGAGCCAUAUCAAUUCUUGUGAUGUCACUGGCUCCUAGUGAGUGCAUAGGCUGCUUACUCAGUGAUGUCACUAACUCCUAGUGAGUGAAUUGGCUGCUUUCUCAGUGAUGGCACAGUUUCAUAGCGAGUGGAUAGGCUGCUUUCUCAGUGAUGUCACUGGCUCCUAGUGAGUGCAUAGGCUGCUUACUCAGUGAUGUCACUAACUCCUAGUGAGUGGAUAUGCUACUUUCUCAGUGAUGCCUUUGGUACCUAGUGAGCGGAUUUGCUGCUUUCUCAGUGAUGUCAUUUGUUCCUAGGGAAUUGAUAGGUUGAACUGUCAGUGAUUCACCUCUUCUUUGUGAUUUGCAUUCACAGUGAUGUCACUGACGCCUAGGGAAUUGAUGGGCCACAUUCUCAGUGAUGUGAUUAGUUGCUCUAUUCCCAUGGCUAAUGGCUAAACCCAUAUAAUAGCUCCCUCCCAGGUAUAGGCUACUGGUACAUCUCAAGGCCAUCUCCUAAGAAGAACCUUUGUUUUAGGGACAAAUCACACUCACUAUUUUAGAUGUGCCUUUGAAUUUAUACUAUUAACUUCCUCCGGUACCAAUGGCAAAACCCAUUGGUGACUAUUUCCGAAAACUACUGUACAGGAAAAACAUUCUGUGAGCAGGGGAUGGAACACAAUAUUGCCGGGCCCCAUAACUGCCCCAUCACCCAGGGCUCCAUACCCUCUGCAACAGUGGUAUUUGCCACUGUAGGCCUUGGCAACCAAUCAGAUUCUAGCUAUAAUGUUGAUAGUGUAGUGUAGAAAAUGAAAGCAAGAAUCUUAUUGGUUGCUGUUGGUUAUGCCAUACUUCCUGUGCACUGGUUUUUGUAGAUGUGUCCGUCUGUUUUGUUGUCCUCCCACAAAUAUUCCCUGGAGAGAAAGGUACCUACUGCUUACUCCACAGAAGAUGUGUCUGAACUAAGUUUAAAAAAAAGUGUUGUUUUUUUUGUUGGUUCUUUUUUUACUUUUAUAAUAGUGUGUAAGAAAUGCAGAAGCUGUGUAGGCGGAUGGUUGUCUAGUGAUUGUUUAAACCACUAGCAAUAGAGGAUGAAUGGGUGCUGAAAGGGAAAUCUUAGGACUGUUACCCAAAAACAUCCAAUCCACUGGCUACACUGAUGUGAAACCUCUACAUACAUGCCACUAAAACACGUGUUUGUGGUAAAGAUAUUCCAUGUUGUGAAGUAUGUAACCUCCUUGGUAUGGUCACCGCACUGGGAGACCUCUCAGAGAACUGGUGCACAGGUAUUUAUGCCGGUGCUGUAACCAUAACAACCAAUCCUUUGGCUUGAAAGCAGCUGACUUGUUGCUAUGGUUACAGUAGUUGCAUGCACCAGGUUGUCAUCAAUGUCCUCAUUGACCAUCUAAGUAUUAGGACUUUGUUUAUUUGUGUUUUUUACUCUUUGUAUUCAUCAUUAUUAUGUGUGUAGUAGAUGGGUUACAGCCCCAAGUACCUGCUGUUUGUGUGAGGCCAUCUGGUUGUCCUCAUUAUAGGUAGUGAAACACUGUGAUCUUAUUAUAUUUAUAUAUUUUAGUCACCUUAUGGGUAAUGCGCCACUGCUGCCACCUUGUGGAAUGCCUCCAAAUUCCUUUGCUCGUAUUUUGCCCCUUGGGGCAUCACUUUGUCACUUUUUAAAUUUUUAGACCUUUAAGCCUCAGCUGAUUCUAAUUCUUUUUGGGGUUUUUUACGAUACACAACUUAGGUUAUAGAUACAGUUAAAUUUUUCUGGGGCAUCCUGACGUCCAUUUUACGGUCUUUUACUGACACUUCCUUCCUUUCUCUUUUUCUAUUUUUAAUUCGGUCUUGGGCAUUUAUUGGCGAAGUGUCGUGCUGUAAAACCCAGCGCCUCUGUACGUGUUUAUUCCCGAAAUGUAAAAGGGCAAAGCUUUUACUGGCAAUGCACGGCUACUAAAAUCCUUGCCCUAUUAUAUUCUGAGCACAAACGGGUUUUACAACCCAACGCCUCGUAAGUAAACCCCUUGGUGUCUGAAGCUGUAUCUCAUUUUUGUGUCGGGACAGAGUUCUUCCGGGAUGUAUUUUACUUUUCGGAAAAAAUAUAAGUUGUUUUUAUACCAUUUGUUGUUGUUGUUUUUUUUUUUUUGUAACUAGUCCCUUUAAUUUUAUUACUACAGGGGAGAUGUUUCAAUCCUUGGAGAGAGAUAAAGUGAAGAAGUUGCCAUAGCAACCAAUCAUGGAACAAAGUUUCCAUUUAUCAUUAAUCUUACAAAGUCUGUGAAAUGACAGGAGCCGAUUCUAUGGGCAACGUCCGCAUUCUCUCUCUGGCAAAGGGGGGAUUCAGCUGUAUGCGAUGUGCCACCGGAGAUGCGGGCUGCGCACAUAUAUCAGUUACGGUAGUAGCGACUUAGCAUGGUUUCCCUCGCAUAAUGGAGGAACAUUAUUCUAUUGUAGUGUAUAGUGAAGGAUGAUGUGAAAAGUCAGUGGGGUAUAUUUACUAAAGUCAGUGGCGUCAGCGGGGUCAGUGACAUCCAGUGCGGGCAGUAGACCCACACCCAAGUGCCCAAGAAGGGGCAUUGGUAUCUUGGGAAGUCUUCCUGUUUGCAUCACUCUAGGCUGCCCCUGGAGAUUCUGGCUGCACUCCCAGAUCCUCCCCAGUGGCAGGAGGCGGGUGCUGCAGACAAUGGGGUGUAUUCAAUAGCGGUCGGAAGCUGCCGUCUUGUCGGAAAGACUGCAGUUUCCGUCAGGUUUAGGUUGGAAGGGGUUCCGACCUAUUCAAUGCCGGCUGAUUUUUUUCGGGCAAGUUGGGAAUUCCCGACUUGUCGGAAAACACGUGGAUAGUCGGAUUAUCUGCGGAUCCACGUGUUCUGCGUCCAAACCCGACAGGUUUUUGGCCCCUGUCCGACAAUGUCAAUCCGACUUUUUUUUAAAGUUGGAUUGACAUUGUCGGAACUGGGGAGAUGAGACGGGUGCGCGGGGAGAGGUGAGUAGUGGCAGCCUCCCAUCAGCAUGGCAGUGGCGGCAGCAGCAGCGGACACCGCCGGCAGCAGACGUGGCCGCUGGAGGACACAGCAGCUGCAUCUCUGCCUCCCAGCAGCAGCACUGCAGUGGCAGCAGCAUGGACGGAUACCGCUGGCUCAGCAGAACCGGCCGCCGAGUACACAGCAGCGGCGUCUCUGCCUCCCCAUCCUCCCAGCAGCAGCACUGCAGUGGCAGCAGCAGGGACGGACACCGCAGGCUCAGCAGACCCUGCCGCCGGAGGACACAGCAGCGGUGUCUCUGCCUCCCCGGGUACUGACAGUUGUCGGGAGCGGCCAAAUCCGACAGCCGGAUUUGUCCGCCUCAUUGAAUACUGACCUGUCUGGUCCUUUCCGUUGGAAAGGCCCCGACAGGUAUGGAAUACACCCCAAUGUCUCACUGCAGCACCUGACUCCUGUCACCAGCAUUUUGGUGACACCCAGGUGCCGCUUGCACUCCCUUGUGACACCACUACUUUAAGCUUCUAAAAGUGAAUAGUAGUUAUGUUUGCCAUAGAACCAAUCAGAUUUUAGCUAUCAUUUUUCUAGAGAGGCUGUGGUUGCUAUGGGCAACAUCUCUACUUGUCUGUUUUUUAGCUUUAGCAAAUGUAUCUCAAUAUCCUUUCAAAUUCUUUCAGUAGGGAUCAGCUAAAUUCAGCAGCUCACAAGUAGAUAGGUUAGAAAUAAUCUUGUAUCUGUUUAUUUUUCCAAGACAGGUAGGAAAAGUGCUUUACAGUCCUUGACCAUUGAGUGAACCAGAUAUGAAGGAAUUGAGGCGCACUUCCACUCAUCUGCUGCCUCCCCAUCCAUAAUGCCUGCACUUUCUAUAUAAUUGUGUGGCUGGCCAUUAUAUGUCGCACUGAGAUUAAAGUGAGAUCAGUUUUGCACUCAGUGUAAUGACUGUAGCUGUAUUUGUUAGUGGACACCUGCCGUUGCCUUUUUCCAACCCCACCUCCCAGCCAAAAAUAUUUGGAUGUGGCUCCUAUUUCGAUUUUAAAAAACACGGACAUAACCAUUUGCACACACUGGAGGCAGCCAUCUUGCUGGCUGCACCACUAUUAUUUGAUGCACAGAGAACCAGUGGCAAAACUCGCCCAUUUUGUGGAUGCUGCCAUUUUGCGAGAUGAAUCAGUGUUCAGAGAAUGCAGCAUUAAUCAAGUCACGGGAACAAAUAAUGUUAUUUAGGAAACGAGCCAUAAAUAGGCUGCAUACUCAGUGUUCAUACAGCUCACAAAAUGGCUGCACCCAGGAGUCCCUGAGUGACUGCUUUCUAGGCUGUGUUCUCCCAAAAUGGCUGCCUCCGAUGUGUUCAAUGUAAAAUAAAGGUUUGUUACACUGAGCUCUAUACUGGCUUCAAAGGGCAGAAAGUUGCCUGAUGUGCAUAUUGCCUAUGCGUCAGACAAAGCACUGUGGUCUGCAAUAUCCAAAUAUGUAUAUAAGCGAACACACAUAUUUUAUAUUAUAUUAGCACUGACAGACUAUGCUAGUUUGUCCUGUAAGUCCAGACACACUGUGAUUCCAGCAUCUGCUCCCAGCUCAUUGCUUGUUCCCACUGGCCUUUACAAGGAAAUUAUCACCAGGGGGUAAAUUUACUAAGAUGGGAGUUCUAUUUAAGAUGGGAUGUUGCCCAUAGCAACCAAUCAGAUUCCAUG